AUGCAAUUCUUUUUAAUAAAUGCUUUACUUGCAUUAUGCAUCUUUAAAAAGUAUAUUAAUGGAUUAAAUUAUAAUGAUACUAUAAAGAACACACGAAAUAACCAAUUUCUUAAUAAUGAUACAAAGUUUGAAGCUUCUUUAAAGAAUUUUUUAAAAAAAAAUAAUAUGAAUGAUGAAAAUAAAGAAGAUAAUCUUAUAGAAGAAAAUAAGGAUUUUAUAACAAAACAAAUGUUAUCAGGAUUGUAUAAUAGUUUCAUAGUAGAUGUAGUUAAUAAUAGCACUUUACAAUUUUUAGAUAAUUUAAAUUCAGAAAAAUCAGGUAGUGAUGAAUUUCAAAUUGAAUUGGAAGAAAGUUGUUCUCCUUUCUUUUGUGAAAAAGUUAUGAAAGCAAAAGAAAUUGAAAGAAGUACAACUGAUGAAAAAGAAAAUUCUGAUGAAUUAGUUGACGAUUUAAAUAGUAAUGAAAAAGAAAUAAAAUUGCAUGAUGAAAAUAAAAAUGAUAUAGUUCAAAGUUUAGAUUCUAUUAAUAAAAAUAAUGCAAAUACACAAGAAGAAAUAGAUGCUAUUUUUUCGAGAUCAUUUGAUGGAAAUGAAGAAAAACAAAAAAUAAUUUUAACUGACGGAGAUAAUGUAUAUAUACUUGAAGAAAUUACUCAAAAUGAAAAUGGAUUAAAUAAUGAAGAGGAUUUAAAUAAUAAAAGUAAAGAACAAGAAAUUAAAAUGCAUAUUCCUAGUGAAAAUGAAGAAAAUAAUUAUUUAGAAGAUAAUUUUUUAGAUAAUAAUUUAGAAGAAAAUGAUGAUUUAAACAACUUACAAAAAGAUUCAGAAAAAGGAAUACAAGAACACAAUUUAGAUAAUAAUUAUGUAAAUGAAAAAGAUUCCAAUGAAAAUACUCUUGAUGAUAAUAUUUUUGAAUUAAGUGAUGAAGAAUUAUCAAAGAAAAUAUUUGAAGAUAUUAAAAUGAAUAGUGAAGAUAAAGUAGAAUGUUACAAUUUCUCAAAAAAUGAAGAUAAAUGUAAUAGUUUUAAAAAAUGUACUUAUGUAAAUAUUGACAAUAAAGAUACAUGUUUUCUAGAUUAUAAUUAUAUGUUAUUUUUAAAAAAUAAUAAUUGUGCCUUACAAUCUAAAUCAUCUCUUUUAUCUAUCUCAAAGGAUUUACUUCAAAAUGAAAUAAUUAGUAGGCAAUUAUUUCAACUAUUAAGAAAUAGUAAUAAUAACAAUUUUAUUUGUGAUACUAUUACUUACUCAUUUUUAACAAAUGUUGUUGAUAAUACAAAUUAUGAAGAGAUAUUUUCUUAA